AUGAGAGUGAUGGAAGAGUUAAGAGCGUCACAGCGUGGAGAGGAGGCUGAUGACGAGUGGGUGCCAGCAGGCGUAGCCCCACAUUCACCGCGAAUUCCCAUAGAGGAUGCGCGUGUAGACGAGCUUCCCGCCGUAGCAAUGCGGCGACGUGCUAAUCGACGUAGAGCCGAGGAGGGCGAUGAGGGUGAAGUCGAAGGAGCGGUUGCAGACGAACGGCAACCUGAAGAGGCCCCCAUCGUAGCGCCAACAGUUAACCUUUUGGGUUGGCGUAAGACUAAGCCAUUGACGGCUAGUCAAUUACAAGAACUAAACCGGGCUAUAGAGUUAGAUGAGCCCGAAGACGGCAUAGUGAUAGGCACUUACCGUGUAAAAAGACAACUCUUUGAUUUGGUCGAAAGACGUCUCAGAGAGUGCAAGAGAUACAAAGUCUCCCCCAUCCCGGCUACUACAGGCGGCAGUGUAGCUCAACAGCUUAUCUGGAAGUCUGAAGAAUAUUCAACUUCACGCCACACCCAGCACAUACAGGCGACAGGAGUCGCUUGCUCCCGGACCACAUUACCACUGAGGAUAGUAACAGCCUCGAAAGUAAUGUGUUAUCGCACGCUCCGCAGGGAGUGGGAAGACGAGGAAGGACGCGUCUUCAAUCCAUGGGCAUGCUUCGAUUUCGACAGAUAUCGAGCAGUACCGAACACUUGGGUUGCCAAUAGAAAUAGUCUGAUAUCGAGAGGUGGCAUCGUUCGU